AAACAAAAAAACGUUGUGGCGUCAAGCACGUCACGCCAGUGCUCGAUGACGUCACACGGUUCAGGUCUGCCACUUAAACAAGCUAACAACAACAGAAGAUCCCGGAAAGCUGGCGAGCUCAACUAAGAGGAGGCCAAACACUUCCGUCCCGCUGGUUCUGAUGCAGAUGGAGUUUUGGACCAAGCUUUGACGAGUGUAAACGACAGAUCCCUCCUCAACCUCAACGUGAAACCAACACCUUCUGUCACGCUGGCAAUGUCAAGAGUCCCGAGUCCCCCUCCCCCGGCGGAAAUGUCCAGCGGGCCAGUGGCUGAGAGCUGGUGCUACACGCAGAUCAAAGUCGUGAAGUUCUCGUACAUGUGGACCAUCAACAACUUCAGCUUUUGUCGCGAGGAGAUGGGCGAGGUCAUCAAGAGCUCCACUUUCUCUUCAGGAGCCAAUGACAAGCUGAAGUGGUGUUUGCGCGUCAAUCCUAAAGGCCUGGACGAGGAGAGCAAAGACUACCUGUCACUCUACCUGCUGCUGGUCAGCUGUCCGAAGGCCGAGGUCCGAGCCAAGUUCAAGUUCUCCAUCCUCAACGCCAAGGGAGAGGAGACCAAAGCCAUGGAAAGCCAGAGGGCGUAUCGCUUCGUGCAGGGUAAAGACUGGGGGUUUAAAAAGUUCAUUCGAAGAGACUUCCUCCUAGAUGAAGCCAACGGUCUUCUACCUGACGACAAGCUCACACUCUUCUGUGAGGUGAGUGUGGUGCAGGACUCAGUCAACAUAUCUGGCCAGAACACCAUGAACAUGGUAAAGGUUCCCGACUGCAGACUGGCCGACGAGCUCGGGGGCUUAUGGGAGAACUCCCGCUUCACAGACUGUUCGUUGUGUGUGGCCGGGCAGGAGUUUCAGGCCCACAAAGCCAUCCUGGCAGCACGCUCUCCUGUAUUCAGCGCCAUGUUUGAACAUGAGAUGGAGGAGAGCAAAAAGAACCGCGUGGAAAUCAACGACGUGGAACCUGAGGUGUUCAAAGAGAUGAUGUGCUUCAUUUACACUGACAAGGCUCCCAACCUGGACAAGAUGGCAGACGACCUGCUGGCUGCAGCUGACAAAUACGCUCUAGAAAGAUUGAAGGUAAUGUGCGAGGACGCGCUGUGCACCAGCCUGUCGGUGGAGAAUGCAGCUGAGAUCUUAAUUCUGGCAGACCUGCACAGCGCUGACCAGCUUAAAACGCAGGCAGUCGACUUCAUCAACUACCACGCUGCAGAGGUUAUGGAGACGGCAGGCUGGAAAUCCAUGGUCGCGUCUCAUCCGCACCUUGUGGCUGAAGCGUACCGCUCGCUAGCGUCGGCCCAGUGCCCUUUUCUCGGACCUCCGCGCAAGCGCCUCAAACAAUCCUAAUGGACCUCCAUGUCGUAAAAACACGCAUCACUCAAAUAUACCCUGUUGCCCCCUCCCUAGGGUCCACAAUAUGGAAGACAUUUCCCUUUUGCUGUUAUCUACUACACUACCUACAGCCCUCUUCUGCCCCGCGAUCCAGAACCUGCUGUAUUUAGAUGGAGGGAAGAAGGGACUGACUUGUGAAGUGGAUAUUUGUCGUUUACAGAAUCGAAAAAGAAAAGAAACAAAAUGCACUUUUUCAACAGCAAGGUGGGACCUUGUGCUCUUUUCCCUCCCCCCAUUCGUGAAAAAUCCUUCAGGAGGUAGAACUUGGACACAAAAAAGGCAAGAGCUGGAAAUGUGGAGGACAGACAAGGUCUUUAACAAUUAGACAUUCAAGGACAGGAGGGAUUCAAGGACUGGUUAAAGGGCUAGGCAAAUGCAGAAAAAUCAUGAAACUUAUUUCCCCAAAGCAAUUUGGGAAACAUUGCACUAAAUAAAUCCACAGGUCUUUCCCUCCCCGCCACCAGAACAAUCAAACAAAGUAGUAGGCUAUCACCUAAUGGACUAACUGCAGACCCAUUUGGACCACGCAGGACAAGCAAACCCUUUAAAGAUGCUUUAUCAGCGUGCACAACACACACGUGUGUGUUCAUACCGCUGCCUCAAUUGUAUCCGUUUUCAUUUCGGAAUAGAAAGAAAGUCCCAAACUGCAACACAAACAACUGUGUGUUGUGUCGAUGUGGGCCUUGAGAGCCAAUCCAUGGGGACUGUGGUCAAGAAAAAAAACAUUCAGUCACGUGAGCUAUAGUAGCAUCUUUUUCCCCAAAUACUUAUUUUCCAAAUUACAUGAACUUUUGUUUGCAGGCGUGACGGCUGCAAGGAACUUCAAAUUAAAUGAACACGUUUUAUUGUUCAAAUGAGACAGAAUGUGAAAACAACAAUAAAACCCCACACAAAAUAAAUGUAUUAAAGAGGACCUAUGAUGAUUCUAAUCUACACUGAACACACUUCCUGGUGGUGUAGAUAAUACCUUUUGGACAUGCUCAACAUUUCUCUACAGGCACUUUUAUAACCUGCUUUCUGCAAACGGUUCUUGAGUGGAGGCCUUCGCUUUAGAUUGCGAAUAAAACCCACCCUCUCCAAAAGUAUCAAUUUAUCUUUUGAAAAUGUACACUGUAUACCGUAUUUUUUGGAGUAUAAGUCGCACCGUCCGAAAAUGCAUAAUAAAGAAGGAAAAAAACAUAUAUAAGUCGCACUGGAGUAUAAGUCGCAUUUUUUGGGGAAAUUUAUUUGAUAAAACCCAACACCAAGAAUAGACAUUUGAAAGGCAAUUUAAAAUAAAUAAAGAAUAGUGAACAACAAGCUGAAUAAGUGUACGUUAUAUGACGCAUAAAUAACCAACUGAGAGCGUGCAUGGUAUGUUAAUGUAACAUAUUAUGGUAAGAGUCAUUCAAAUAACUAUAACAUAUAGAACAUGCUAUACGUUUACCAAACAAUCUGUCACUCCUAAUCGCUAAAUCCCAUGAAAUCUUAUACAUCUAGUCUCUUACGUGAAUGAGCUAAAUAAUAUUAUUUCAUAUUUUACGGUAAUUUGUUAAGAAUUUCACACAUAAUUCGCUCCUGAGUAUAAGUCGCACCCCCGGCCAAACUAUGAAAAAAACUGCGACUUAUAGUCCGAAAAAUACGGUAAAUAUAUCUUGAGGACAAACAUCACCGCUGCUUAGUUUUUUUCCCAGACAUGGGCGAAAAUAGACUUCAUAAACAGCAUAUAGAUCCACCGGUCAUAAUAUUAUGUACACCUUGUCAAGUCAAUCGUUAUUAAUAUUUUGUAGCACAUUACAACAACUUUGGUUGACCGCAGUGCUGUAAAUAAACAACACAUUUUCUUUCAGAUAGAUGCUCAUGAUAAUAGAUGUUUUCUGCAAGGUUUUAAAAUGCUAGUGUAUUGAUGCAGACCUAAUGUGCAGAGGCAGCCAUUUACUGUAUCUCACUGCAUGCCACGAUUUGAUAAAAACAAUACUUCUCUUUUUGGUCACUGAAACCAAGUAAUGAUGUUGCGAUUGUGCCGCCUUUUUCGUCUCUUUAGCGGCUAAUCCAGUUUCAUACUUGACCCAUGUUGACAAAACUGCCGUGUAAAAUGUGGUGGACAAUUAAACAAUGAAGUAUUUAUUUUGUAGACAUCAGAGCAGAUGAGAUGGCUGCAGCUGAGAAGGAAUUACACACAAGGCUCCUGGCAGCAGUCUUGAUUUGGCAGUAAAUUUUAGGAUGCCAAUAUAAUUAUGUCCGUCAAUCUGUGACAUCACAAAUGGCCCAUUUUUAUAAAAAAAACAAUGCCUGAACCUUAUGAUUUGACACUUUGACAUUGUUUUACACGCGUAUCCAACAUUGUAACAACAUUAGUGAGUCAGAAAAGGGGAGAAUCAUCAUAGGUUCCUUUUUUAAAGUUCUCUUUGUUCUUUGCAAGUGGGAAAAAAUUGGUGAUUUGGUUAGAAGGAGCCCUUGUCAUUUCUUUUCUGUAGAUAUUGUCCGUUUAUGAGAAGUGACACUUAGUUGUUGCCUUUUUUUGUUCCCAAAAGAAUAAACCACAACUAUUUUUUAUUGAAUGAAAUGUCUUUUUUUAACUUUUCUUUUUACAAAAAAAAUGGUCUAAUCCUGCCUUUAACCUGCUCAAACAUAUUUUGCCUGUGUGAGACUUCUUAUAAAACUAAUUUUCAGUACAGGUGGUCGUCGGGUCAAAUACAAAUUCUGUUCCUACAACUGUGCAUUUUACAAUGUUUGAUUUCACUUCCACUUUUUACUUUGAGGUUUUGUUUUUUUGGUGCGCUGCCUUCAGAAGAGUCUGCCUCAUGCUAUAGACAUUCAGUGCAUUUCGGGAAGUAUUCACAACAUGUUAUGUUACAGCAAAAUAGAAUGAAUUAAUUUUUGUCCUCAAAAUUCUACACACAAUAACACAUAAUGACAAUUAGAGUUUUUAUUUAUUUAUGCAAAUGUAUUAAAAAUAUAGCUGUAACAUCACAAAAUGUGGAAAAAGCGAAGUGCUGUGAAUCCUUUCCAGAUGCACUGUAAUGGAGAUUAAAAAGUCAACCAAGAACAACAACAGUGUAGGUGUAGUAGUAAACCGAACGAUACGUAGUAUUGUUCCGACGCACUCACAAAACUAGUUCUCCUUUGUUCUGUACAGUGUUAGUAAUCUAUAAGCACGAAAUACUGUAGCACGGAAUUUAAAAUGAGGACCGCAU